AUGGACGUCAACGCUAUCGCAAAGAACUUCACCGAUUUCUACUAUCAGACCUUCGACGCCGACCGAAGCCGACUGGCCCCGCUAUACAGACCCGAAUCUAUGCUGACAUGGGAGGGUCAACAAAUACUAGGUGUCAGCGCGAUAACCGAGAAACUUACCUCAUUACCCUUUAGCAAGGUCCAGCAUCGAGUCACUACAGUGGACGCACAGCCGUCUGUCCCUGCUACGGCCAACCUGAUCGUCAGCGUGACUGGGCUUCUACUGGUCGACGAUAGUGUCAACCCUAUGCCAUACACCCAGGCAUUCCACCUAGUAUCGAGCGACAAUAGUUAUUACGUGUACAAUGACAUCUUCCGCCUCAACCUCGGCUGA